AGCUGACCCAUGUAUGAUUUAUUUAUUUUUCCUAUUAUAAAAGGAAACUUUGGCCCUUUUUCUUCUGAAUUUCUUUAAAUAUUCUACAACCAUGGAACCUAGUGAUAUUUUUUACGACAAAGGCGACUAUGUAGAAACGGCCUCGGGGAAUAAAGUUUGCCGUUGGACCGUGCUCUGUGGAUCCCAAAAUAUAAUUCUUCAAGGCAAAGUGAUUGUCCAAAAUCAGGCCAUAAUCCGAGGUGACCUGGCUAAUGUAAGGAGUGGUCGAUACUGUAUUAUUAGCAAAGAAGCAGUUUUAAGGCCUCCCCAUAAAAAAUUUAGCAAAGGUGUGGCAUUCUUUCCUUUAAACAUUGGAGAUCAUGUCUUUAUUGGGGAGAGAAGCCUUAUUAAUGCAGCCCAAGUAGGAAGUUAUGUAUAUAUCGGUAAAAAUUGUGUAAUUGGUAGGAGAUGUGUUCUGAAGGAUUGUUGUGUGAUAGAAGACAACACGAUCUUAGCCCCAGAAACUGUGGUGCCUCCAUUUACAAGAUACGGAGGAUCCCCCGGGAGGCAAAUCGGUGAAUUGCCUGAAUGUCAGGCAGAUCUUAUGAUUGAUUAUACUAGGAGUUACUAUCAGCAUUUCCAACCAGCCAAAGAUAUUUAGGCUAAUGUAUAUUAAUUCAUUAUUUAUUGGAAGCUUGAAUAUGAACUUAGAAAUUGGAUUUAGUGAAUGGGCAGUAAUGUAUGAGUGAAAUGCUUCGGGUAUUGAAAUAAUUUAUAUUUAUUUUUUUUUUAUAAUAAUAUUUAUGAUAAAAAUCACUGUUAUUUAUUUAAAACCUUGAGAAAACAGUCAAUGUUUGACCAAUACAUGUAUCCAAUUAAAUAUAGUAUUAUUUUUUAUAUAUAGGCCCUUAAAAUCAAUAAAUAAAAGUUGUCAGAGA